CGAAAUUUAAGAUACCUAUUUCGUUCAGUGAUGAGUUUAUUUCAUAACAAUAACAUUAUACACGAGGAGAGUCAGUGAAGGUUUUAGUUGUUGACGAUACGAAAAUAAGUGUAAAGAAAUCCUUAAACAUACAGAAAUAUGGAGAACAUCUCUAUGCAAGAAAUAAAACAACUUAUCCGGUCUAUAGCGAUAUCCGGUGCUGCUAAUGGAUUGACCGUUAGAGCGUUGGCUAGUGAUUUUAAAAAGAUGGAGGGUUUUGAUCUCCCAUACGCACGAUUUGGAUUUCCGUCUGUUGAUUCAUUUUUGCAAUCUUUAACAGACACUGUGAUGGUUAAUGGCAAUGGACCUAUGGCUAUGGUGGAACCAAUUGUUACCCAAAGUAAUAAACACAUACGAGAUUUUGUACAAGGCGGGAAAAAUAACUCAAAACGACGACCUAGGCAAAGCUUGCCAACUUAUCGACCUCGCGCUAGUUACAAUAAUAAUGGCUUCGAAAAAAACAAUCGUACUUCGUACUCAAACAAAACAUAUGAAAACCAAGUUCAAGGACCUCGAAAAAUAUACAACAGAGAGUUUGACUUUUGUGAUACAGUCAACGAUGUUGCUAAUUCGGACAGUUCUGAUGGUGCUCCAGUGUUCACUAUGUCGCAAGAUAAAAAACUUGAACAAAUCGAAAAUACAGUUGAACGUCGCAAAACAUCAACAGAUAAGCGACGAUGUGACGACGCUAUACCCGAUGGAGAAGGAUUAUUGUUGAUCAAUGCUUUAGAAGUUCCCAAAGAUGCAAUGAGUUUAGGAGACGCAAUUGAAGACGCAAAACUCCCAGAUACAGUUGCACCUAAACAGUCAUUGCAAAUCUUCGUUACAGAAGUUCACAAUCCUAACCGCUUUUGGUAUCAUAUGGGCGAUAGUGCCGAGAAAAUUGACGAGUUGAUGAACGAAAUUGAAGCAUUUUAUUCGCAUCUUGGCCAUGAUGAAUGGCGUGUUCGACCCUCGAAUGUUGUCGUUGGUUUCUACUGUGUGGCCAAGUUCCUCGGACUCUGGCACCGUGCCAAGAUUGUGAGUGAAUACACACACAACCGCGUCAAAGUUUUCUACAUUGAUUAUGGUACAGUGGCUGAGUUGGAACUGAAGGAUGUGAAAUUUAUGGCAAAAUGUUUCUCUUCACUUCCGGCUCAGGCUAUGCGUGCUUCGUUGGCCUACAUCAAACCCGUGAAUCAUAGGUGGACACGCGAUGCUGCCUGGUCCUUACUUUCAUUAGUGUACGAAAAGAUAUUGUAUGCAUACAUAAUAGAUGUCGAUAGUAAGCAAAAUUCAGUGGAUGUGGUUCUAUUAGACACAUCUAGUCCGCAGGAUGUUGUCAUAAAUCAACAAUUGUUUGUGAAAGGACAUGCCAUCUGGGAGGAUAACAUGCACUAUAAAGACAAGAGCACAGAAGACUUUCGUAAUCGCAUAAAAUCGUAUUCGGAGCUUUAUCCGCGUUUCACGGAUAUAGAAAAUGGAAUAUACCCUACACUGCUAGAGAUCGGAGGAUACCAAUCGGAAGGUUUCGAUUUUGACCAUCAUUAUACACAAUCGCUACGCAGCAAUUCUGAAUACAUGCGGAACAUUUUGUCGAAAACUUUUACAAUUUCACCGCGAUUCAUGGUACAUCAAAAUACGAAAAACAAUCCUUUCAGUACAAUCUCUAGUGAAACUAUCAAACAAAAACAGUAUGUUCAGGAAACAGAUAUCCAACAAUAUCAUAUGUUAGAACAAAUGUCAUUUGAUUGCGGAGAUUUAGGUUUGUUUGAUACAGACGCGGAACAGGAAAAAAAUCCAGGAAACAGGAUGACUAAAAAACAGGUCAGAUUUGUGGAUUCUGAUGUACAACCAAGUGAAGCUAAAUCUGAGGAAGAUGAGAUAAAAGGCGAUGUAGAUGAUGCUUCAUCAAAUGCAUAUUCGAUUCAGAACGAUUUUCAUAACUCUUACGUUAAUUCUGUGAGACCUGUGACUAUUUGUUGAUUUGACCGACUGCUUGCAGUAUAGUGAUUUUAUUUGAUGUUUUGUUAUGUUACUGGU